CUAAGGUCCAGGAAUACCAGACGCGGUUCGAGAGCAUCCCUGAUAUGCUGGAGCUGGAUCACCUGACUGUGUCCGGUGACGUCACGUUUGGAAAACAAGUUUCUCUCAAGGGAACGGUCAUCAUCAUAGCCAAUCACGGAGAUCGUAUCGACAUCCCGGCUGGAACGAUACUGGAGAACAAGAUUGUGUCGGGCAACCUUCGCAUCCUGGACCACUGAAGCCUUUAACUACUCCUCCAGCACCACAUCCACCACCGUCAUGUGACCAGACACAUCCACCACAUCAUGUGACCAAGCCAGACACAUCCACCACCAUCAUGUGACCAAGCCAGACACAUCCACCACAUCAUGUGACCAAGCCAAACACAUCAACCCCAACCAUGUGACCAGACAUCCACCACCAUCAUGUGACCAGACACAUCCACCACAUCAUGUGACCAAGCCAAACACAUCAACCCCAACCAUGUGACCAGACAUCCAUCAUGUGACCAGACACAUUCACCCCAAUCAUGUGACCGAGGCAGACUUGAUCCAGACUCCUUUAAAUAAACUCCUUAGAGAGGGGUGUCAUACCCAACAGAUUGUGAUGUGAUAUCCAUGCUAUACUACACCUGUAGUAUUUCAGAUCCCUGCCCAUUAGAUUCCCUUACUGGAUGAGAAUCAUGAUAGAAGUCAUAUGGAUGUGAUGUCAACGGGAGAUUCAAUAUCUACUGUACAUGUUAGUACAGUCUUAGACUGGGAUUCAAUAUCUACUGUACAUGUUAGUACAGUCUUAGACUGGGAUUCAAUAUCUACUGUACAUGUUAGUACAGUCUUAGACUGGGAUUCAAUAUCUACUGUACAUGUCAGUACAGUCUUAGACUGGGAUUCAAUAUCUACUGUACAUGUCAGUACAGUCUUAGACUGGGAUUCAAUAUCUACUGUACAUGUCAGUACAGUCUUAGACUGGGAUUCAAUAUCUACUGUACAUGUCAGUACAGUCUUAGACUGGGAUUCAAUAUCUACUGUACAUGUCAGUACAGUCUUAGACUGGGAUUCAAUAUCUACUGUACAUGUUAGUACAGUCUUAGACUGGGAUUCAAUAUCUACUGUACAUGUCAGUACAGUCUUAGACUGGGAUUCAAUAUCUACUGUACAUGUCAGUACAGUCUUAGACUGGGAUUCAAUAUCUACUGUACAUGUCAGUACAGUCUUAGACUGGGAUUCAAUAUCAACUGUACAUGUUAGUACAGUCUUAGACUGGGAUUCAAUAUCUACUGUACAUGUCAGUACAGUCUUAGACUGGGAUUCAAUAUCCAUUGUACAUGUUAGUACAGUCUUAGACUGGGAUUCAAUAUCUACUGUACAUGUUAGUACAGUCUUAGACUGGGAUUCAAUAUCUACUGUACAUGUUAGUACAGUCUUAGACUGGGAUUCAAUAUCUACUGUACAUGUCAGUACAGUCUUAGACUGGGAUUCAAUAUCUACUGUACAUGUCAGUACAGUCUUAGACUGGGAUUCAAUAUCUACUGUACAUGUUAGUACAGUCUUAGACUGGGAUUCAAUAUCUACUGUACAUGUUAGUACAGUCUUAGACUGGGAUUCAAUAUCUACUGUACAUGUCAGUACAGUCUUAGACUGGGAUUCAAUAUCUACUGUACAUGUUAGUACAGUCUUAGACUGGGAUUCAAUAUCUACUGUACAUGUUAGUACAGUCUUAGACUGGGAUUCAAUAUCUACUGUACAUGUUAGUACAGUCUUAGACUGGGAUUCAAUAUCUACUGUACAUGUCAGUACAGUCUUAGACUGGGAUUCAAUAUCUACUGUACAUGUUAGUACAGUCUUAGACUGGGAUUCAAUAUCUACUGUACAUGUCAGUACAGUCUUAGACUGGGAUUCAAUCCGAUCGGGGAUUUGGACAUUGCACCAUUUAAAGGUAACUCCUGAUUGAGCCGACAGAUACAGUAUUUACCGUGAAUUUAGUGACCAUGAACGUGGGAACAUUGCCUUUAAAACAUGCAUUACAGACAAAGCGGGAUCGGAUUGCAUCCCGGCCCUAAUUGACAAUUCAAUAUUAUAUAAUGUCCACAACAAUAUUGAAGGAAUACCAGUCAACAAUA